CGCUGGCGGGGCCUGGCCGGGCCGGGUCGGCGCUUCUCCUUCUCGGCCCGCACCGGCGGCAGGCGGCGAGCCGGCCGCGGCGGCCGCAGGUGGAUGCCCGCGGCCCGGCAUGGAGCAGGCCUGCGAAGUGAGCCGCCGCAGCUGUCUCGUUCCCUUCGGUACCUCGCUGGCGGCCGCCGAGGCCAAGGGCGGCCCCUUCGGCGAGGGCCGCGGCCCCGAGCCGCCCGCCAUGCAGCUGGCGGCCGCCAAGUCGGGCUACGGCCAGGACCCCUCGUCGUGCUACAUCCCGCUGCGCCGGCUGCAGGACCUGGCAUCCAUGAUCAACGCCGAGUACCUCGGCGGUGCCGCCGACGGCGCUGAGGCCCUGACCGACCCCGGCUCGCCGCCCCCCCGCCUCUCUGCGGCACAGGAGCCGGCGCCCGGCGCCGACGGACCUGGCCCGGCCGCCGAAGCGCCCCGCGGGGCCCUGUCCUUCCCCUUGCUCCUGCGGGACAGCGGAGAGGAGGCGGCGGAGGAGGAGGAGGAAGAGAGUGCCGAAUCGCUGGAGGAGGAGGACGACGACGACGACGACGAGGAGGACGAGGAGGAGGAGGAAGAAGAGGAGGCGGUGGACGAGGAGGAGGAGGAGGAGACGGCCGAGCCCGGCUCGCGGAGCCGCGGCCUGUCCGGGCUGCAGCAGGGCCCCGCCAGCCCGCUGCCUCCCCGCUUGCAGCCGGCCGAGCCGGUGCUGAUGCCGGUGCCAGACGGCGGCCCCGGGGAGAAGCCGGAGCCUUCCACCACCGCCGCGGCGGCGGCCCUGCAGCUCAUCCAAGCCAAGAAGAAACCUCCUCCAGUGAAGUAUGAAGUUGGAGAUCUUGUUUGGGCCAAGUUCAACAGACGCCCGUGGUGGCCAUGCACAAUUUGUCAUGACCCAGUGCUGGACUGUCACUCAAAAAUGAAAGUCAGCAAUCGAAGACCAUACAGAGAGUACUAUGUGGAUCCCUUAGGAGAACCUUCAGAGAAAGCCUGGGUUGCUGGGAAAGCUAUUGUCCUCUUUGAAGGAAGACAUCAGUUUGAAGAGCUGCCUGUCCUGCGGAGGAGAGGAAAGCAAAAGGAAAAAGGCUACAAACAUAAGGUUCCUCAAAGAUUUAUGGCUAAAUGGAAAGUAAGUGUUGGACAGGCAGAAGACAUUCUUCUUGGGGGGCCAGAGGAUCAAAAGUGCAGCCAGAACUCCAGCGAGCUGGACAGUGAGAAGGAAGUGCAGUCAGAAUGCUAUGCCAGCAGCGACCCUGGAGCAGAAAGGGACAGGCAGCUGAAUGGCUGUUUUAAAUCCUUGGCAUUUGACUCCAGACACCUGGCCAGUGAAAAAAGAAAAUUGCACAUGAAGCCACAUGUGAAAAAAAGCUCUGACAGCAGAAAAAGGACUAGAGUAAAAAAGAUUGGCACGAGAGGGGAAGCAUCCAGGGGAGAAAUCAGAGAAAAAACGCCAGACAGCAUAGUUAGAAACGUGAUUGUCGGGGACCUACCAGAUAAACAUGCGUCUCAGGAGCUUCAACGGAUGGCCAGCAGCCUGACAGCAUCCAGUAGCACCAGGGGAAACCAUUUGCUUUCCUCAAUGGGAGAGAGACGUUUUGAAAAGACCCCUUUGAAACCGGACUAUGAGACUCGUAAAAGCGAUGCUCUGAAGAGCACUCUCCAAGGGGAUUUGUUUUCCAACACACCUUUGGAGAGAGAGAAGAGCUCCCUGGGCAUCUUGUGCAGUUCCAAAUUACAAAUACACUAUUCUGCAUCUGAUGCUGGUGUUGAGAAGAAGCAAACUGAAUCGGAUUCGUCCUCUUCCCUCUCAGAUGGUGGGAACAGUGAUGCAGAUACCAUGGACCAAAGUUCAGAGAGAGCCUCGAGCGCUCUUGAAGUUAGUGAUUCUUCAGAUAAAGUGGAGAAGGAAUUUCCUAUGACAUCAAGUGGAAACAUUAAGCUUUCCAUGUACCUUUCUCAGAAGAGCAACAGAAGGGCCAGGAAGAAGUCGUACAGAGAUCGCAAAGCUCUGGGAGGCUCAGUAACCAGCAGACUUGAUGCUGAAUUUGCAGACGGGGAGCUUGAAGUAGGCUUCUCUGAUGCUGAGAUGUCAUUGCCGGCUCUCGAGCACUCCUCAGAUGCGAGAAAUGACAAUCUUUCCCUAGCAAAAAAGCACACUACUCCCCAAAGUGUUUCCAAGGACAGCUCCUGGCCUGCUGCCGCAAACCAAGCAAUCUUAAAACCGAAAAGCAUGAAAUUGCCCCGAAUCAGGAGUAUAAAAUGCAAGCAUAAAGAAAAAGCUGCUGGAUUGGAGGCUUCUCUUGCAGAAGAGGAGGGUGGUGUGAAUCACUGCCCUUCUGAUACCAAAGGUUUCUCUGGCCUUCAGAGAGAUUCUCUUCAGAGGAGCGGAAAAGUCGACGGUCAGAAACUGUUAAACAACAUGCACGAGAAAGCCAGGGAUUCUGCUGAAAUAGAAACAGCUGUGGUGAAACACGUCCUGUCGGAGCUGAAGGAGCUGUCCUACCGCUCCAUGAACGAUGACGCGGGUGACUCUGGCACUCCAAAGGCCACAGUGCCUUUACUUUUCCCUUCCGCCUCGGGUCACGGUCGUUUGCCCAUUGAGCCAGACUAUAAAUUCAGCACCUUGUUAAUGAUGUUGAAGGAUAUGCACGACAGUAAGACAAAAGAGCAGCAGCUGAUGACUGGUCAAAAUAUAGUCCCGUUUCGAAAUACCAACACGACUGACGUUUCUGGAAGCAACACUUCGAGUUGUCUGAAGUCCUUGUCUAUUGUAGGUCCCCCGUAUAAAAUAGAAAAAAAUGGAGAUUGUGUCCAGGAAACAGUAAAUCCAAACUCUGCUCUAAGCAACUCCUCCUUUUCAUGCAGUCCUCCAACCAAGUUGCCAGGGAUUGGUACUAGUAAAAGGGAGCCCGCGAGUACUGCUGUUUCUGGGACAAACGGCACAAAUUGCAUGCCCAAACGCAACUGUUCAAAAUCUAAGCAGUCAUCAAAGCUUGGAGAUAAAACAGUUUCAAACAGAAAGGACUUAAAACCAGGAGGGCCAAGUAAGUUGCUAAGUCGGUUAUCCAGAGAUUCAGGAGAACAUGCAUUCCGCGUUCAUGGUUCGGUUACCAGUCCUCUAGGUAAUGAAGCAGAAGAUACUGAGAGGAAAGAGUCUGUUGAUUUAACAGAACAUUCAACUGAUGAAGACUCUGCCAGUUUAUCUGAUGACAAUUUAGAUCGUGUUGGAAGGAGACCUGAAGCUGGUAGAAAUAUUGAGAGCUGCACUGCUGCUGAGAAUGGGGAGAGUCCAGACUUGGAUUCAGAGGCAAACAGUGAGAGCUCUCUUGGUGAUGAGUCUAAUGAUGUAAAUCACGUAGCACCCAAAAAGCGAUGGCAGCGUUUUAACCAAAGCAGUGCUAGAUCUAAUAAGCACAUCAGUAGAUCUAGGGAACAAGGAAACUUGGAGAGUGCCUUUGGCCUGAAUUCUCGUGGCUUUUCACUGAAGGGAAAUGAGUGCUUGGGACGUAGGCAUACCCCUCGUUCAAAGGUGCUUGAGGGAGACCCGACAGGUCAGGACUAUGAGAAUCAUUUAGACUUAGUUGAGAAACGUUUGAAUGUAUGUGGUAAGCCAAACAACAGUGUGAUGGACUCAGAAACAGAGCUUGGCAACUUUGCUCCCCAGUCUGAAUUCUCUGCACAAGUACAUUCAGAGAGAAAACGCCUUAGAAAGCCAAGUAAACGGCUUCUGGAAUAUGCAGAAGAAUAUGAUCACUUAUUUGCACCCAAGAAAAAAUCAAAGAAGGGCCAGGAGCAAUUGCAAAAGGUGAAUUCUGUGGUGAGAUCUGAAUUUGAAGGAGGUCUUCCUGCACAAUGCAGUCCUGACAGAGAUGGCCAGCGGGGGCCAAGUUCUUUGGUUUCAACUCCAUCUUCAACCAAAGAGUCCCCUCCAGUCCUUGAAGCGGAGUGCUCCUUCUCAGAACUAGGAUCCCAUUCUGCUGAUCCCACUCAUCAGCUUCUAGAAGGACCUUCAGAUUUUCCAGAGCUAGUGCUUUCUUCCUCAGAUGUUUCUGAAGUUUCUGCUUCUCCAGAUGCAGAAGAGAGAUUCCUAAAAUCAGGAAACUUUGAAAGCAAGCGUCAAAGGAAGCCCACUAAAAAGCUCUUGGAAUCCAAUGAUUUGGACACUGCCUUUAUGCCAAAGAAGGAGGAGUGGACAACCCCAAAGAAGGGCACUGGCCCUUCGGAAAGCGACAGCUCUGAGCUCUAUUCACCAGCCCACUGCACGGAUCUGGGAGAAGCUUCUGAAAAGCUCUCGGAGAAGCAGCGGAAGCGGAAGAGGCAGCGCCAUCCCUCUGCAAUGCAUUCCAAGAAGGAGAGGAAUGAGGAGGGGCUGGGGGAGACCCCACACUCUGAGGGGGAGACAUUGGUUCAUGGGACUGCUGGAAGCCCUAAAGAGGGUAAUGAAGAGGGGUCAGAGAAUGACCACGGAGUGCCUUCAUCCAAAAAGAUGCAGGGGGAGCGUGGAGGAGGAGCAGCUCUCAAGGAGAACGUGUGUCAGAUCUGCGAGAAGCCAGGAGAGCUGCUGCUGUGUGAGGCACAGUGCUGUGGUGCUUUCCACCUGCAGUGCCUUGGGCUCUCCGAGAUGCCAAAGGGCAAAUUCAUCUGCAAUGAGUGUUCCACAGGAGUCCAUACCUGCUUUGUGUGCAAGAGCUGUGGGGAAGAUGCCAAACGGUGCUUGCUGCCCCUCUGUGGGAAGUAUUACCAUGAGGCGUGCAUACAGAAGUACCCGCCCACGGUCAUGCAGAACAAGGGCUUCCGAUGCUCCCUGCACAUAUGCAUGACAUGUCAUGCUGCUAACCCAGCAAACAUCUCUGCAUCUAAAGGUCGCCUGAUGCGCUGCGUGCGGUGUCCGGUUGCGUAUCACUCCAACGACUUCUGCCUCGCUGCUGGCUCCGUGGUCCUCGCCUCCAACAGCAUCAUCUGCCCCAAUCACUUCACUGCACGGAGGGGCUGCCGCAACCACGAGCACGUCAACGUCAGCUGGUGCUUUGUCUGCUCGGAAGGGGGCAGCCUGUUAUGCUGUGAGUCGUGCCCGGCUGCGUUUCACCGUGAGUGUCUAAACAUUGAGAUGCCAGAGGGAAGCUGGUAUUGUAAUGAUUGCAAGGCAGGCAAAAAGCCACACUACAAGGAAGUAGUCUGGGUGAAAGUUGGGCGCUACAGGUGGUGGCCAGCUGAGAUUUGCCAUCCUAGGACAAUUCCUGCCAACAUCCAGAAAAUGAAACAUGACAUUGGUGAGUUCCCUGUGCUGUUCUUCGGCUCCAAGGAUUACCUGUGGACCCACCAGGCCCGUGUGUUCCCUUACAUGGAAGGUGAUGUCAGCAGCAAAGACAAGAUGGGGAAAGGCGUGGACGGCAUAUAUAAGAAAGCUCUUCAGGAAGCUGCAGUUAGAUUUGAAGAAUUGAAGGCACAGAAAGAACUAAGACAGCUUCAGGAAGACAAGAAGAACGACAAGAAACCUCCUCCCUACAAACACAUCAAGGUGAACCGGCCGGUGGGUAAGGUGCAGAUCUUCACUGCAGACCUGUCUGAGAUACCACGUUGCAACUGCAAACCAACAGAUGAGAACCCGUGCGGGCUGGACUCGGAGUGCAUCAACCGCAUGCUGCUGUACGAGUGCCACCCCUUGGUGUGCCCGGCGGGGGAGCGCUGCCAGAACCAGUGCUUCUCCAAGCGCCAGUACCCCGAGGUGCAGAUCUUCCGCACGCUGGCACGAGGCUGGGGCCUGCAGGCCAAAACAGACAUCAGAAAGGGUGAAUUUGUUAAUGAGUAUGUUGGGGAGCUGAUUGAUGAAGAGGAGUGCCGAGCCCGAAUCCGCUAUGCUCAAGAGCAUGACAUCACCAAUUUCUACAUGUUGACACUGGAUAAGGAUCGAAUCAUUGAUGCUGGGCCAAAGGGCAAUUACGCUCGGUUCAUGAACCACUGCUGCCAGCCGAACUGUGAGACACAGAAAUGGUGUGUGAACGGCGACACGCGCGUCGGGCUCUUCGCAAUUGUAAAUAUCAAAGCUGGGACGGAGCUGACUUUCAACUACAACCUGGAGUGUUUGGGAAACGGAAAGACCGUUUGUAAAUGUGGUGCCCCAAAUUGCAGUGGCUUCCUAGGAGUGAGGCCAAAGAGCCAGCCCAACCUCACGGAGGAGAAAUCCAAGAAGCUGAAAAGACGGCCGCAGAUGAAGCGCAGGUCGCAGGCCGAGGUGAUGAAGGAGCGAGAGGAUGAGUGUUUCAGCUGUGGGGACGGAGGGCAGCUGGUUUCUUGUAAGAAGUCAGGCUGCCCCAAGGUGUACCAUGCAGACUGCCUCAACCUGACCAAGAGACCUGCAGGAAAAUGGGAGUGCCCAUGGCAUCAGUGUGAUAUGUGUGGUAAGGAAGCAGCUUCCUUCUGUGAGAUGUGCCCCAGGUCCUUCUGCAAGCAGCACCGCGAAGGCAUGCUCUUCAUCUCCAAGCUGGACGGACGUUUAAGCUGCACUGAGCACGAUCCCUGUGGGCCUAAUCCUCUAGAGCCAGGAGAAAUCCACAUGUUCAGGACGUGUUUGCAUGAUGCCUGGUCUUCCCAGCAGCAGGACGCGCUGCCGAGCUGCGAGUGAAGCGUGUACCGUUGGCCACGCAGCGCGGAGGCAAGGGAUGCCGUAGCUCUGUCAGGACCCGUCUCAACACCUUCCCCUUGGGUAGCUUCUGGCUUAACUCUUCUACAACCAAAGGAGACUUGAAGUACCUGGACGGCGUUGGUGUGUGUGCGUGCGUGUGUGUGUCUGUGUGUAUGUGUCCUUCCAACCGAACAGUAGUUCUCACACUGGAACUCAGUGGGCUCCAGCAGCUGGCUGGCUUUUAUUUUUUCCUUUUCUCCCUUUUCCAGUUAAGGAGACGUUUAUUACCUGCUGGUCAUGGGGCUGGUGGUCACACUAAGCCUGAUGCAAGCCGUUUACUGAAGCGUUGAGACAGAAGUUGGCUUGGCCGUGGUACUCAUGGGGCAAGCAGUAGAGUCCCAGGGCCCUGCAGAGCGAGCACGGGCAGUCCGCGGGUGGGAGGAGGAGGAUGGGCCUGCCGGGCUGUGUGGGGUCGGGUCCUGCUGAGGAAACGCUGCUCAUCAGCACAGCACGCUCUCCCACUCCCACAACACCUUACCUCCGUGGUUUGCCCGAGCUCCGCCGAUCCGGGCACCGCAGCCUCGGAUCUCUGUGCCCGCCACCAGACCUUUGCAGAGCUCCAGUGUAUCCUUCUCCUUCCAGGCAGGUCCCUUCCCAGAGAGGGAGGGUUCAGCUCCAGGCUGAGCCUCUCCCUCCGUGAUGGGAGCAGGUCCUUGCUCCCGCCUGGCUUGCAGGCGCCCGCUGCUCCCAGAGCAGACGGCACAAGCUUUGCAGCUCCCUACGAAGGGAGGCAGGCGCUUGUGCCGAGAUAAACCCCAGUCCCUUCUCCUGUCCUGAUGCACACACCUCAAGACAACGUCCUGCUGCAAAGGCCGGGUGUGCUGGGCACGAGGGGACAUUACCAGUGCUGUGGUGCAUCUCUUCUCUAGUCCAAAUCAUUUCAGAGCCUUUGUAGAAUAGCUAGAGACUUCAAAAAGCUUCAUGGCUUGAUGGAAACUUACUGUUUAAUGUUGUCUGUUGAUGAUUUGUUUUUUCCGGGAAGACUGGCAGGUCAGUUCCUGCUUGCUGCUGAAACUGGGGAGAUGCAAGCAGCUUGUGUUUCUGCGUGACUCCUGCACAAAGGGAAUCAGGACAACUCCUCAGAGCCAUUGAGAGAGAAGAGAAUCUAAGGGCAUUCAUUCACUUUUUUCUUUUUUAAACAAAGUUAAAACAAACAGAUAAUGACGUUCAGUAUAUUGAGUAUUUAUCAUGUGUGAGAAGGAAAAUAAACCUCGAAUUUACAUUUAUAGGCCUUUCCCAUGAGCUGGACUUAGUCAUGUAGAUUGUGUAAGUAGGGUUACCUCCGUGCCAGCCACCCAGCCAGCUACAGCUGUAACCAGAAAGGUAUCUGCUCUGCUCUGUCCACCUCCGCUUUGCUUUGUCACGUGUUAACUCUAGUUACUUGUUUCAUGAAAAAUAAACUGUGAAUAUUUUUGGUGCAGGCUUUUUUAAAUCUGUAAAAUGGAGAAGUUCUCAGUGAAUUCUCGUAAGUGCAGGUUUGAAAAGAAUCACUUCUCUAAAUGGUGUGCUCCCGUCGUAGGGUGUGAGGUUCACGGCAGCAGCAGCCUUUCACGCCGCGGGCUCUUACUCUAAAGCUUGUUUUGAACAGUGAACGUGGAUUGAAGCGUUGCAUGGCAUUUCAAACCCACAGCCUUAUUCCUUGCAUCUGACCGUACCCCAUCUCUCUUCUUGACUCCCUUCAUGCCUUUUCCACGAGGAUCCAGGUUUCUGACUUGCUACCUUCCAGCUACCCUCAGAAGGGUGACUUCAGCAUAGCUGGGAGGCUGCUCGGUCAAAUUGGUAUUGGCAAACGUUGUUAAAGGAGGAAGCCAGUGAGCUACUCUUCUCUCCUUGCCCUGGUCAGGGCCCUGGGGGCUGCUCUGUCACAUCAGGAGAGCUUGCAGAGACAUCAGUGAUGCUGUUGGGAAUGGCUGGUUGUGCCAGGUCACCUCAGCAAGACAGGCAAGGAAGGGAGGACCAGCAUGGUCUGAAAAGCAGCUCUGGGGAACAAAACCCUCACGAAGGAAAUGGGCUCUUUAGCACUUGAGGUGACUCACUGCUGGUGGCACUGCUCUGAAGGAGCAGAAGGAGAUGUCUGCACCAAAGUAGUCGGGUUCCUUUUCUGCAGUUCAUUGCUGGCAGUUUGAAUCACUGGGGGUUUCUAAGGUAGAAGGAAGUGGCAGAGAACAUGUACCCCUGGCAGACCGCUCCUGUGGGAAUGGGGGUUCUGCAGCUCUGAUGUGGCCUCCCCGAGCCCUUGCUCUCGACUCAACCAGCUCUGCAGCUGCGUGGCCAAGGCCUUUGGGCUUUUUUUGCUGCUUUGGAGGUGUUGAUCACCUGGCCACUAACAGUCAUAAUUGCACCCAAGGUGAGCAAGAUGUGACUCGUGUUGGUUCACUGUUGUGGAGGGUUGUAGACGCAGGAUCAAGGCUGUUAUUAUUUCUACUCAAAGCCGUGUCCCUUUUCCAUCUGUCCCUGGGAGGGUCACGGGAGCUUCCUGGGGCCAUCAGCCACAAUGGUUCCCCCUUCCCGGUUCUGAAGGGGAUGAAGGGUUUACUCCCAUAGAAAUGCUGGUUGACAUCCUUGCUGUCAGGAUAGCCUGGCAGCUCCUGCUCAGCACACUGGGCUGGGGUGACCAGGUGUGUGUGAGCAGGACCUUCUUCAGUGGUGGAUUUGCUCAUUGGGCAGAGAGUCCCAGUAGGUCUUUGGCAAGAGAGAAGCUCUGGUGAGGGGUAACAGGGUGGGCAGGAGCACCUGUGGGUCCGGCCUCCAGGCAGGGCAGGAGGGUUGCAGAGGAGGAGAUAACUGCUGGGCUGGGACGUGUGGGCAGGAGAGCAGUAGGCACGGGACACUGUCCUGCAUGGCCUGUCCCAUCGGCACCAGCUCAGGGCUGGUGCCCCCUGUCGGGCAAGGCUCUGCUGCUUCUGGCAGAAAAGUGACUGCUGUGAGGGAUCGUCUCCUACGCCACAUCUUCAAAGUAGCUCAUGGUGGCUUGCUUUAUUGCUCUUCUCGAGUUAAGCCUUUUCCUAGUUAAACCCCACAAGAACCAGAUUCGCUUCAGUGCAGAAAGUAUCCAGGUGGUACUGUGGGAGCAGGCGUUACAGCUUGGGGUUAAACCCCCCACAGGCACAGGCAUCGCCUCAAAGGGGUGGCUGUGGAAAUCCAGGUGAGCGAGAUGGUCGAACCCAAAGGACAGAAAUGUACUGAGAGGAGAUGAUGCAGAUUGAGGGUGCUAAAAGAGCUUCAGAGAAAAAAAAACAGGGUGAAAAAGAAAGGAAAAGCAACUGUAACCCUGGUGCAUGUCAGCAGCUGGCUGACCUGAGCACGCUGUGGCUGCACACUGCCCCUGCCCAAGCAGGGGGGUUGUUUGAGAAACCUCAGACCUUCAACACCUCCCGUUUAUUUUUACUUUCAGCCUUAACUUCUGAUUUUGCUUGAUGUUUCGAAUAACCAUAAUUGUAACCUGCUUGUAAUGUGCUUUGCCCUAAAUUACUGAUGAGGCUUUUCAGCCUUUGCCAGCCAGUGAGUGUUAAAGCAAAGUGGCAAACCUUGCAGCUGAAAAUGCAGAGGGGGGCCGGGGAGGGCUCCUACUGUGUUUGAUCACCCUGACUCCCUCACUCGGGCUUUGUCCGCGCUAAUUACCCCCAGCUGUGGUUGGGAUAACGCUGGUGGCAGCAUUCUCAGCCCAGGCAGCAUUCUUCUCAGCCCAGGCGGUUCCUCUUGCAGCAGUGUGGCCGGGUUGAUGGGUGCUCCCAGGGCCUGGGAGAUGGGGUGCUGAAGCUUGGAGACCCGCUGCACCGUUUGCCUGGCUUCAGCCGAGGUCUGGCCUACGUGGUGGCAGUGCCCUCGCUCAGCAGCAGGUGGGGAAAGGCCAGAUGGGCUGCUCCAGCUCCUCCAAAGCAGCCCGAGCAAAGCCCGGUGCGAGGGGACGGGACGGUGUGUGUCAGCUUGGGCUGGGGAAGUGGCGGGGAGGGACAGGCCCUACAGCACUGAAUCUACCUCCUAGGGAAAUCUGAGAAAUGGGGUUUGCUACGUCCUAUUUCAAGGUAAAGUUUUAAUCAGUUUGCCCUUGGCGAAGCGCUUGGGCUAUUGUGGUGCUAUUGUAAACCGUUGGGCAGCUUAGCACAGCACAGUAGGGCUGAGCCCGCGGCUCCUGGCCAGCGGGAUGGUGGUUCCCUCACCCGCUGAACCCCCUGCCCCGAGAGCUGGCACCGGGCUUUGGUGUGUGUGAGUGAAGCAGGAUGAGGCAGGACUUGGUUCCUUCGAUCUGUGAUGGGUUUGAGGCUCGAACCAGUGUGCCAGUGGGCCCCGUGGGCGCGGGGAGCGAGAGGAGCCCCACGGAGCAAGGCAGCGGCCGCUAACUGCAUGUUCUGUGUGUCCCUUGGUACUGAGCUGGUUUCAGUUUCUGGGUUGUCUGGUUUGGGUUUUUUUUUUCCCCCCUGAUGUUUCCGAGUUGUUGACUUCAAGGAACUGGGUUUUGUGUAUUUUUUUAGACACUGGGAACUUGUUAAAAGGAAAAGCGGCAGCAGUGGGAGGCUCGAGGUGGAGCGUGGCUGCAGCUGAGGGCGGCCCUGGCCGGGGGAGUGGGAGGAGGUCAGAUGUGUCACGGGUACUGUGCCUGGCUUUGAAUGUCCCCUGCCACCCUCUGUCGCCACGUGCUCUCUCUGGAGCCCUGGCUGCCACCGUGGCUGGGGGUCCCGAGGAGGAAGGACACGUGGGGUCACCCGUGGCAGUGGCAAAAGUUGGGCUGAGGCUGCGAGCGGGAGCUUCGCUCAGAGAGGGGGGAGGCCCUUGGGGUGAGCAGCCCCGUGCUGCGCUCCUCUCCCAGUGAGCCGUCCCACGGCAUGGCAGCGGAGGGGAAGCCCCUGCAGGGUGCUGGCACGCGGGAGAGGCGAGGGGCUGCCUGGCGGGGGCCGGGUGGGCACUGGGGUUGGCACUGCGUGGGGAACGCAGCGGUGCUCGGCCCGGGCUGGGACUGGUCUGUUGGUUCUAAGCGGCGAUGGCAGAGCGGGUGAGAGAAACCUACAUAUUUCCAGCAUGUAUAUUAUUUUUAGAAGAGGGAGAGGGGAGUCCUGGACCAUUGAUUACUUUCAUUUUGCUCCCCUUAGACUGUUGGCUGUGUAUGUGAAACUUAUAAUGAAAAGAGGGUUGCCCUGCCCAGGUGCUCCCAGAACAUGUACUGUAAUUCUUUGUAUAUAGAAGAAAAAUUACUGUAAAGUAAAGUUUAACUUUACUCUGGA